AUGCGUAUGCAAAAGAGAGAAAGGUCGAUGAAAGGGAAGCUCCGACUCACGAGGAACUCCUCUUCCACUCCUCGCACUUUCCCCUUCGAACAAUACCGGCCUCACCUUGACUUUCGUAAUGAAUUCGAUAAUUGUCGCAGAGGCGUUCAUUCAUUGACGCUCCAUAUGCCCGCUUCCCCCUCCAUUUAGCAUCUCAUACAACACCUUAUAGAAAAUUGGGAAUAUGACUACAACACGCUAUUUCUUAAUGAAGAUAGAGAACAAUUUCGUCCAAGACCAGUCUAUGGACCUCCUGCAUACCAUCACAAAAGACCAAUCUUCUCAGUUGCUCAAUUUCAACAACCACCACCUACAUUCCAGCAUCAGGGCUUCAAUACUUUAGUUUUCAAUCAGACUCAAGAUGGCUAUCCCGAUCGAAGGUACCCUCUAGGAGAGCCCAGCCUCCACUUCCUCAACAAUAGUCCUGAAUUAUACUCAGCACUUCUCAGACCAGAUCUGACGGCUAAUGAACCUUGGUGGAGGAGGUGA